GGCCCGGCCAAGAUGCAGCGGCGGCUCCCGGUGUCGCCGGGCGGGCGUUGGGCAGAGCGGGCCGGAGCCGGGCAGGGGGCGCCCGCUGCGGCACCCGCGCGCUCCUAGCGCCCCAGACCUCCCGGCGGGCCCGGGACCUUCUUGCUGCCGUCCUAUCCGCCGUCCCCGCCCCUCCACCCUUUGUGCUGCCGCCGCCCAGUGCCCUCCGCUCCGCAGGACCCUGGCCAGGCCAGACCGCGGUGGCGCGCCAGCCCCGCGUGGGCGCCUGAUCAGCGGCUGAUGGCUAGGGGGCGCGGCGUGGGCAGGGGCGCUGCAGCCCGAGUCCGCGACGCGGGAGGCCCGACCCGCUUCCGCCGCAUUGUCCCGAGCCCCGCGCCCCGGCCCUGAGCUGCGCCGCCGCAGCGCACACCCGCCGCCCGCCGCCCGCCGCCCGCGGGGCCAUGCGGAAAGCUGCCGGGAUGGAGGACUUUGUAGAGGAAGAGGAGCCCUGGUAUGACCAACAGGACCUGGAGCAGGACUUGCACUUGGCCGCAGAGCUGGGGAAGACGCUGCUGGAGAGGAACAAAGAGCUGGAGGAGUCCCUGCAGCAGAUGUACUCCACCAACGAGGAGCAAGUGCAGGAGAUCGAGUACCUGACCAAGCAGCUGGACACGCUGCGGCAUGUGAAUGAGCAGCACGCCAAAGUGUACGAGCAGCUGGACCUGACGGCCCGAGACCUGGAGCUGACCAACCAGAAGCUGGUGCUGGAGAGUAAGGCUGCCCAGCAGAAGAUCCAUGGGCUGACGGACACCAUUGAGCGCCUGCAGGCCCAGGUGGAGGAGCUGCAGGCCCAGGUGGAGCAGCUGCGGGGCCUGGAGCAGCUGCGAGUGCGCCGGGAGAAGCGGGAACGCAGGCGCACCAUCCACACCUUCCCCUGCCUCAAGGAGCUGUGUACCAGCCCCCGGUGUGAGGAUGCUUUCCGCCUGCACAGCUCCUCCCUGGAGCUGGGCCCGCGGCCCCUGGAGCAGGAGAACGAGCGGCUGCAGACGUUGGUGGGCGUGCUGCGUUCCCAGGUGAGCCAGGAGCGGCAGCGCAAGGAGAGGGCGGAGCGCGAGUACGCGGCGGUGCUCCAGGAGUACUCGGAGCUGGAGCGGCAGCUGUGCGAGAUGGAGGGCUGCCGCCUCCGCGUGCAGGAGCUGGAGGCAGAGCUGCUGGAGCUGCAGCAGAUGAAGCAGGCCAAGACCUACCUGCUGGGCCGGGAGGACCACCUGGCCGAGGCCCUGCUGGCGCCCCUCACCCAGGCCCCUGAGGCCGACGAUCCCCAGCCCGGCAGCGGGGACGACUCAGGCACCCAGGACGGUGUCUCCUCUCCGGCCGCCUCCCCGGGCCACGCUGUGCGCAAGAGCUGCAGUGACACGGCACUCAAUGCCAUUGUGGCCAAAGACGCUGCCAGCCGGCACGUGGGCAACCUCACGCUGCACGCCAACAGCGUGCGCAAGCGGGGCAUGUCCAUCCUGCGGGAGGUGGACGAGCAGUACCACGCGCUGCUCGAGAAGUACGAGGAGCUGCUGAGCAAGUGCCGGCAGCACGGGGCCGGGGUGCGGCACGCCGGCGUGCAGACCUCGCGGCCCAUCUCCCGGGACAGCUCGUGGAGGGACCUGCGGGGGGGCGAGGAGGGCCAGGGGGAGGCCAAAGCGGGUGAGAAGAGCUUGAGCCAGCACGUGGAGGCGGUAGACAAGCGGCUGGAGCACAGCCAACCCGAGUACAAGGCGCUCUUCAAGGAGAUCUUCUCCAGGAUCCAGAAGACCAAGGCUGACAUCAAUGCCACCAAAGUCAAGACGCACAGCAGCAAGUGACCCUUCCCUGCCCCGGCCUGCAGCCGCCCCCAGGGUCAGGCCAUGGGGUCCCUCAUGCCUGCGCCAUGCAGCCUCUGGUGAGUGAGGGAGCCCUUUAGUAGCAAUAUAUCCUAGUGGAGGCCGCUCUCUGACCCAGGGAGCGUGUGGGGGAUGCAGCAUGUUCCCUGCUGAAAGGGGAGGCAGUCAACACAUCCUGCCUCCCAGGACCCUCCACUCAGCCCAAAGGCACAGCUCAGAGUUUCAAAGCCAAACGUCCCCACUCCCCUGGGGAUUCCCAGCACCCCCAGCCCCUGGCUUCCUGACCCUGGGCCUUGCUCUCAGAUUUGUGGCCAGGCUUCUCAAAGCCAUUCUAGACCAGUCGGCCUUUUUUUUUCCCCAAGUUCUGUUUUUUUGAGAGAUUUGCAAUGCAAGGUCUCCCUGACCCCUUGCCACAACUGGAAACACUUGAAGGGAGACCCCAGAGCCAGCUGUUGCAAGUUUCAGGGGUCUCCUGGACCACCCACUGCUUCUCCCCAGCUGUGAUGCACUGUCACUCCCUUAGCACCAGCUGCUCCACCCCUAGGGUCCUGACCAGGUCAGAGAUGGCCCCUGCCAUGCAGAGCAGAGAGCCUCAACCAGGCCCCAGGUGCCACCCACUCCAGCCCUAGUUGGGGGGACCUCUCCCUGGAGACCCUCAACCCAAUGCACAUCUGUAGCCAAUCAGAGGAGGGGAACAGGGAGCUCCUUGGCAGCCGUGCACCAGCAGUGCACGUUUCCCUCAGACCCAGCCUCCUUAGGUUCCAGCCCUGGAAAUGCCUUCUGGGCAUUAAGCCUUCCAGGGGCCUGGGCCGUGGGGAGACCCCAUCUCUGCACGCCGCCUCUGACUCACCAAGCUUGGCCUCUGCCUGCCCCCAUCUCAGGGACCAUGAUGUCUCAUUCACUCCCAUGCGCCCCAUCGGCCUACCCCGGUGCAGGUCAUGCCUGCCACCCCCAGAAUGCCCCAGGCAUGUGCUGCCAGCCAGUGGUCCCAGUGUCCGCCCCUGCCCAAGAUUCUCACUCCACACUGAACAGUACUGAAAUGGGCCCAUGAUGGGGAACAUGUCUUCUCCCUCCUCCCUCUCAUAAAAUGCCUGCUCUCAACCUCCCACUUUUAGGGGGGGGGCUUUUGAGGACCCAGCCGGGUCAGGGGGUUAAUCUUGUUAAGGCUUCACAAAGCCUUCAGCUAAGAGAUGCCCAGGUCCCCAGCUUGCCCUGAGCUAUAUUCUUCAGGGCUUCCAGUUCCUUCUGCUGCCCAUCCUGAGACUCUAGAAAUCGGAGGAUCCAUACAGCCCAGUGGAAGGCAGUGGCCCUGGCCUCUGUGCUGGGAGCCCAGUGGGGAACUUCCAUGCCUUAUUCGUUUCUGAGGGGUAAAGGGGUUUUCUUAACAAGCAUGCCUGACCUCCCUGGAGGCGCCACCCUGUUCUCCGGGCGGCACUGUGAUGAGAGGCUGUCGGCUGGUCCUUCCGUUCACACAUCUUGGAAGCUUUUGUCCUUUGGAGCUGGGCAGCUCCCAGCCGUCCGUGUGUCUCUGUCAUCUAUGGUGGAGGGAGUGGGGUGGGACGGGGUGGGGGCAGGGCUGCCUAUUUGCUCCCCUGUUCUGUCGCGGCCCACCAGCAUCACCUUUGAAGUAUACAUCAGAGAAAUAUAUUUACAAAUGCUUUAUUCUCUUCUUUAAUAAAAAACGCAUCAGUAUUCUAAAAGC